CGGUGGCCGCAGCUCUGCGCAUGUGCAGGAGGCGCCGGAGUUUCACUUUGUAACUUUCAAGCGCCCCGAACGCCGCCCCGCCCGGCCAGGUGGAGCCAGACCACUUCCUCCCGCCACGCCAGCUGCGCCACCGCCGCAGGGAAGUCCGUAAGGCUGGUGCCAGCCCUGUGGUCAGGAAGGGCUGCAGGAAAUGAGUGGCGGGCCCGAGGCAGCUUGGGAGGUGGCCGGGGCGGCCGCUGCUUUUGCCGGAGCCAGCUCCAACUGAGGACUUCUCCAGGGGACUCUGUCCACAGUCCUGCCUCCCCUUGGCAUCUGGGAGGACAGGCACGAUGACCGACCCCCCGUUCCUGGAGCUGUGGCAGUCCAAGGCGGUGUCCGUCCGGGAUCGACUGGGCAUUGGGGGCCAACGCAAUGACUCCUACUGCUACAACUCAGCCAAAAACAGCACCGUGCUCCAGGGGGUCACCUUCGGUGGCAUCCCCACCGUCCUGCUCAUAGAUGUCAGCUGCUUCCUGUUUUUAAUAUUGGGGUUUUCCAUCAUAAGAAGAAGAUUCUGGGAUUAUGGCCGCAUUGCCCUGGUGUCGGAAGCAGACAGCGAGUCGAGAUUCCAAAGGCUGUCAUCCUCUUCCUCCCUAGGACAGCAAGACUUUGAAAGCGAGCUGGGAUGCUGCCCCUGGCUGACCGCAAUCUUCCGUCUGCACGAUGACCAGAUCCUGGAGUGGUGUGGGGAGGACGCCAUCCACUACCUGUCCUUCCAGAGACACAUCAUCUUCCUGCUGGUGGCGGUCAGCUGCUUGUCCCUGUGCGUCAUCCUGCCCGUCAACCUCUCGGGCAACUUGCUGGGCAAAGACCCUUACAGUUUUGGGAGGACGACGAUAGCAAACCUACAGACGGACAACGACCUCCUGUGGCUGCACACCAUCUUCGCUGUCAUUUACCUCUUCCUCACCGUGGGCUUCAUGCGGCACCACACCCAGUCCAUCAAGUACAAGGAGGAGAACCUGGUGAGGCGGACCCUGUUCAUCACAGGACUCCCCAGACAUGCCACAAAGGAGACUGUGGAGAGCCACUUCCGGGACGCGUACCCCACGUGUGGGGUAGUGGAGGUCCGGCUGUGCUAUGACGUGGCCAAGCUGAUCUACCUGUGCAAAGAAAGAAAAAAGACUGAGAAGAGCCUGACCUAUUACACGAACCUGCAGGUGAAGACAGGUCAGCGGACCCUCAUCAACCCCAAGCCCUGUGGCCAGUUCUGCUGCUGCGAGGUGCAGGGCUGUGAGCGGGAGGAUGCCAUCUCUUACUACACACGCAUGAAGGACAAGCUCAUGGGGAGGAUCACCGAGGAGGAGUGCAGGGUCCAGGACCAGCCCCUGGGGAUGGCCUUCGUCACCUUCCAGGAGAAGUCCAUGGCCACCUACAUCCUGAAAGACUUCAACGCCUGCAAGUGUCAGGGCCUUCGGUGCAAAGGUGAGCCCCAGCCAUCCCCCCACAGCAGAGAGCUCUGCAUCUCCAAGUGGACCGUCGCCUUCGCCACUUACCCGGAGGACAUCUGCUGGAAGAACCUGUCUGUCCAGGGCCUCCGCUGGUGGCUCCAGUGGCUGGGCAUCAACUUCACGCUCUUCGUGGUGCUGUUCUUUCUGACCACACCGUCCAUCAUCCUCUCCACCAUGGACAAGUUCAAUGUCACCAAACCCAUCCACGCGCUGAAUGACCCAGUCAUCAGCCAAUUCUUCCCGACCCUCCUCCUGUGGUCCUUCUCGGCCCUGCUUCCGUCCAUUGUCUACUAUUCUACGCUGCUGGAGUCUCACUGGAGCAAGUCAGGGGAGAACCGGAUCAUGAUGACUAAAGUCUACAUAUUCUUGAUCUUCAUGGUGCUGAUUCUGCCCUCCCUCGGCCUCACCAGUCUGGACUUCUUCUUUCGGUGGCUCUUUGACAAAACGUCCUCUGAAGCCUCUAUCAGGUUGGAGUGCGUCUUCCUGCCCGACCAGGGCGCCUUCUUUGUGAACUACGUCAUCGCCUCGGCCUUCAUCGGCAACGGCAUGGAGCUGCUGCGGCUGCCCGGCCUCAUCCUCUAUACCUUCCGCAUGAUCAUGGCCAAGACCGCCGCGGACCGCAGGAACGUCAAACAGAACCAGGCCUUCGAGUACGAGUUCGGAGCCAUGUAUGCGUGGAUGCUGUGUGUCUUCACUGUCAUCAUGGCCUACAGCAUCACCUGCCCCAUCAUCGCCCCAUUCGGCCUGAUCUACAUCCUGCUCAAGCACAUGGUGGAUCGGCACAACCUCUACUUUGUCUACCUCCCGGCCAAGCUGGAGAAGAGGAUCCACUUUGCGGCUGUGAACCAGGCCCUGGCCGCGCCCAUCCUCUGCCUCUUCUGGCUCUACUUCUUCUCUUUCCUGCGCCUGGGUAUGACGGCCCCUGCCACCCUGUUUACCUUCCUGGUCGUGCUGCUCACCAUCCUGGUGUGCCUGGCCUACACCUGCUUUGGAUGCUUCAAGCACCUCAGCCCUCUGAACUACAAGACAGAAGAGUCAGCAAGCGACAAAGGAAGUGACGGCUCGGCCCACGUGCCCCCACCGUUCACACCCUACGUGCCUCGGAUUCUGAAUGGCUUGUCCUCGGAGAGAACAGCCCUGUCCCCACAGCAGCAGCAGAACUACGGUGCCAUCCACAACAUCAGUGGGACCGUCCCAGGGCAGUGCCUGGCCCAGAGCCCUGCAGACAGCAUGGUGGCUGCCUACCAGGAGGCCUGAGGGCAGGCAAGCGGCCGGCUGGACCAAGCUCGGGGGUCGGGAGGCGAGGAGACACAGGUGGAGAAGCUACUUUACAUCGACCCCCACCAAGUUCAGGACUUCUGUCCGCCCGUUUGAAGCAGCACUGCUCCGAACAGUUGGAACCAGGAAAGGGCUCAGCCCUCGGCUGAGGGGUUUGGGGUGGACUGCCGUCGGUGGUGAGGGGGUCCAUGCAGCCUCCUACCCUUGCUCGUGCGCCUGGGGCCCUGCUCGUCCCUGACCCCCCUUCUGCACAGCUCUGUAGCUGGGUGAUGUCCCCUGUAAUUUUUAGCAAGAUCAUGGAAAUUGUGCCCCUCCAGGCCCCUUGGUCGUGGCGACCCUAUCAGGUAAUAGGGAGAACGUAACCAGUGGGAGACCUCCUUUCUGGGUAUCCAGACACCACCCAGCCCUCCCUAGGAACAUACACAACUGAUAACCAAAGAGCCUGCGGCAGGCCCAGGCCUGAGACGGGACCGGAGGACGGUCCGGAGUCCUUCUGGCCCCCGCCCUAUGUAUGAAGCCAUUCACCCCAGCCCUGUCCCAGAGCGAGCUGUGGGGAGCGGGGAGGGAAUGGCCAGUGCAGGAUCUUGCCAGCUGCACACACACCUCUGCACCUCACUAUGGUACGAUGUUUUUGUAUCGUGUUCCUGGUGACACUGUGGCUGGGCCAGGGUCACCCCGCAGCAGGCGGGGACAAUAAGGACCACUAAUAAAGUGUCCAUUCUGCCAGG